AUCAAAGAAGGGUCUAUCGAGUCUCCAAGAAUGGGACAAGCAAUCUCUACCACUAAUGAAGUAAACCUCUUCGAUUUUCCUCUUAGACCAAUUUUACUUUCGUAUCCCUCUUCUAUUUUCGUUUCUAAACGUUUUGUUACCAGAACCUCUGCGGGUGUUUCUCCUUCUAUCUUGCUUCCCAGAUCAACUCAAUCAGCUCAGAUUGUUGCCAAGAGCUCAUCAGUAUCAGUACAGCCGGUGUCUGAGGAUGCUAAGGAGGAUUAUCAGUCCAAGGAUGUUAGUGGAGAUUCAAUACGGCGGCGUUUUCUUGAAUUCUUUGCCACUCGUGGCCAUAAGGUGCUUCCAAGUGCGUCUCUUGUGCCAGAAGAUCCUACUGUCCUGCUAACAAUUGCAGGAAUGCUUCAGUUUAAGCCUAUUUUCCUUGGAAAGGUACCUAGACAGGUUCCUUGUGCAACCACUGCACAAAGGUGCAUACGUACGAAUGAUUUGGAGAAUGUUGGAAAAACGGCCAGGCACCAUACCUUCUUUGAGAUGCUUGGGAACUUUAGCUUUGGUGAUUACUUCAAAAAGGAAGCCAUAAGAUGGGCAUGGGAGCUUUCAACUAAAGAGUUUGGGUUACCUGCUAAUAGGGUUUGGGUUAGCAUUUACGAAGACGAUGAUGAAGCUUUUGAAAUCUGGAAAACUGAAGUUGGUGUGCCUGUUGAGCGGAUAAAGAGAAUGGGUGAAGCUGACAACUUUUGGACUAGUGGACCAACUGGUCCUUGUGGUCCAUGCUCAGAGUUAUACUAUGAUUUCUAUCCUGAGAGAGGUUCUGAUGAUGAUGUGGAUCUUGGAGAUGAUACCAGAUUUAUUGAGUUCUAUAAUUUGGUUUUCAUGCAGUAUAACAAGACGGAAGAUGGAUUGCUUGAGCCCUUGAAACAGAAGAAUAUAGACACUGGUCUUGGUUUGGAACGUAUAGCUCAAAUCCUUCAGAAGGUUCCAAACAACUACGAGACAGAUUUGAUAUAUCCAAUCAUUGCGAAGAUCUCAGAGUUGGCGAAUAUCUCAUACGACUCUGCAAAUGAAAAGGCAAAGACAAGUUUAAAAGUAAUUGCAGAUCACAUGCGGGCAGUUGUCUAUCUCAUAUCAGACGGUGUUUCGCCUUCAAAUAUUGGCAGAGGUUAUGUAGUAAGGAGGCUAAUAAGAAGGGCAGUUCGGAAGGGGAAGUCUCUCGGAAUAAAUGAGGAUAGAAAUGGUAAUCUAAAGGGAGCGUUUUUGCCAGCAGUUGCUGAAAAGGUGAUAGAGUUGAGCACCUAUAUUGAUUCAGAUGUUAAACUAAAGGCCCCACGCAUCAUUGAGGAGAUUAGGCAAGAGGAACUUCACUUUAAGAAAACUCUGGAAAGAGGAGAAAAGUUACUUGACCAAAAGCUUAACGAUGCCCUGUCAAUUGCUGAUAAAACUAAGAAUACGCCUUAUCUGGAUGGAAAAGAUGCGUUUCUUCUGUAUGACACAUACGGCUUCCCUGUGGAGAUAACCGCAGAAGUUGCUGAAGAACGUGGAGUCAGUAUAGAUAUGAAAGGUUUUGAAGUGGAAAUGGAGAAUCAAAGACGUCAAUCUCAAGCUGCUCACAAUGUUGUAAAACUGACAGUUGAGGACGAUGCUGACAUCACGAAAAAUAUUGCAGACACUGAGUUCCUUGGAUAUGACAGUCUCUCUGCUCGUGCUGUUGUUAAAAGUCUUUUGGUGGAUGGGAAGCCUGUGAUAAAGGUGUCUGAAGGCAGUGAAGUAGAGAUUCUGCUUGACAGAACUCCGUUCUAUGCUGAAUCAGGAGGUCAAAUUGCAGAUCAUGGUUUUCUUUAUCUUAACAGUGAUGGGAACCAAGAGAAUGCUGUUGUUGAGGUAAGUGAUGUGCAGAAGUCUCUUAAAAUUUUUGUUCACAAGGGCACUAUAAAAAGUGGAGCUCUAGAAGUUGGCAAAGAGGUGGAAGCAGCAGUAGAUGCAGACAAGAGGCAAAAAGCGAAGGUUCACCAUACAGCCACCCAUUUGCUGCAAUCGGCACUUAAGAAAGUAGUAGGACAAGAAACAUCUCAGGCUGGUUCAUUAGUAGCUUUUGACCGCCUGAGAUUCGAUUUCAAUUUUAAUCGGUCCCUGCAUGAUAACGAGCUCAAGGAUAUCGAAUGCCUGAUCAAUAGAUGGAUUGGGGAUGCUACACGUCUUGAAACAAAAGUCCUUCCUCUUGCUGAUGCAAAACGAGCUGGAGCCAUCGCAAUGUUUGGGGAAAAAUAUGAUGAAAACGAGGUUCGUGUAGUAGAAGUUCCUGGUGUCUCCAUGGAACUUUGUGGUGGCACUCAUGUUGGCAAUACUGCAGAAAUACGAGCCUUCAAAAUUAUCUCAGAACAGGGCAUUGCAUCUGGAAUCAGGCGUAUUGAAGCGGUUGCGGGUGAAGCAUUCAUUGAAUACAUAAACUCACGGGAUUCUCAAAUGACAAAGAGAGUGGAGAAUCUUCUAAAGGAACUGCGUGCAGCUAGAAAAGAAGCCUCCGACUUGCGUUCAAAAGUAGCGGUCUAUAAAGCAUCUGUCAUAUCGAAGAAUGCAUUUACUGUAGGAACUUCACAGACGAUAAGAGUGCUCGUCGACUCUAUGGAUGACACCGAUGCUGACUCAUUAAAGAGUGCAGCUGAGCAUUUGAUAAGCACGUUGGAAGAUCCAGUGGCUGUGGUACUAGGAUCAUCUCCAGAGAAAGACAAGGUUAGUUUAGUUGCUGCAUUUAGUCCAGGAGUAGUCUCUCUAGGAGUUCAAGCAGGGAAAUUCAUUGGCCCCAUAGCUAAGCUGUGUGGUGGAGGAGGUGGUGGAAAACCCAAUUUUGCUCAGGCAGGAGGCAGAAAGCCUGAAAAUCUCCCAAGUGCCUUAGAGAAAGCUCGGGAAGAUCUCGUGGCAACUCUAUCCGAAAAGGUAGGGUGAAGCACAACUUCAAAAGUGAACUGCAUGUACAGAGAGAAGGAAGAGCACAUUGCUUGAUUCUAGAAAAGUGAAUUGCAUGUAUAGAUGGAUAUUAAAGAUAUUUGAUAUCU